AAGCCGUGUAAGAGACCUUGCAGCACCGCACAUGCUUCGCCAAGAUUGUUCACCUUCCUAAUUUUUAUCAGAUAAAAAUAAACGGACGAUUACACCAUGACGUCAUUCUCAGUGGUCACGUGCGACCGAACCAUGUCCACAAGGCGGCGCUACGUGACAAUGGCCCUUCUCCUUUCACUGUUCCUCGUCAUAGCAAUAGCUUCAAUCAACAACUACUCCGUAUCACACGUCGUACCAGCAUCACCUCUGCCACUGAAACAAGAUGCCUGUAAGAUUGUUUACAUCAAAACCGUGGAUACCUCUGCAAACUUUGACUGCGUCGAUUUCUACACUUGGAAAGGAAAAACUCCAAUUUGUAUUUACGACACUUCUUCAGAUGUAUGGGUAUCGAAGAGUUUAAAAGAAACCGGAAAAUGGGAGUCCUACAUGACAAAUAAACUGCAAGAAUUCCUGGCCUCGGAUCCCGAUUUGCAUUUAAUUGACGUUGGAGCAAAUUUAGGUGUCUUCACAUUGACCGCGGCGGCGAAUGGCCGCACUGUGGUCUCAGUUGAACCACUCUGGGAUAAUGCCGUCCGUCUGUCCAAGUCCAUCAAGCUUGGGCACUUUGAGGACCAGGUUACUAUUGUGAAUAACGCGGUAUCUAAUGGUUACUUAAAAGCCACAUUCUUCCGUCCGUUCGAGAACGCUGGAGGGACGCAUGUCAUUACUUUGAGUGAAACGGACAAACGUAAGGACACCGUUAAUACAAUUCUCAUGGACAACCUUCUUGAAGUUGUAACAUUCAAAAAAGCUGUUAUGAAAAUGGAUAUUGAGGGACACGAAAUAUGGGCACUGGAGGGCGCACAUAGACUGUUUGAGAAGGUGGAUAUUAGGUAUUUAUUCAUAGAGUGGCCAGGAAUCAGCAAAACCAGUGCCGUCCAAGGAUUGGUGGACUUUUUGACGCGACGGAACUACUUGGCGUACACGAUAUCGGGGUCGCGAUUGAGGAUGUACGGCUGGCCAUUCAACCAUGCCUGGCCUGAGAACGUGAUGUGGGUGAAGCAGGUGUGAGUCUUAAACGGGUUGACACUUCGGAAAAACGAAAUCCGAAAUGAAGGGAACUCAGACAGGAGCAAGGGGGUCAAAUUGGUAGUCUUCAGGCGACUAAGCACUACAAUAAAAUGGGGUCUGGAUAAGUUUAGUUUGGUUCAGCAAUUAUUGUAUUCCUCAUCCCUUUGUACAAUACAGGGUGUGGUCUAUUUGUCAAGCAGUUGUCGGGUUGAGAAGCCGACGGGCAGGCGCGAAUUGAAAUUUUGACAAAAAAUGCCCGCAAAUUCAACUCUUGAAAUGCAUUUUAUGCUGGGACAUAUCGCUAGAAUCAAACAGCAACCUGAGAGAUACUAUUUUGCAGGGGUACCGUGUGUCCAAGAGCACGUGGUUGAGAGAUAAUGAACAACACUUAUGUUUUUACUAUGAACGCUAAAGUCUAACUGUUUAUUAUAACGAAGUUUCAUGGGUCGAAGGACCGGUGGAUAAUAGUGCAUGCAGAUGAUUGGUUAACCUGUAGUAAGUAGGCGGAGCUUAAUCUAAGACAAGUUGCAGGCUGUUCGUGACAUUCAGAUGAUGUGACCUAUAUUCUUUAGGGCUAUUGCGUUGUGUUUAUUUAGAACCGUUAAAACCAUAUGCUUUACGCUUG